AUGGCAGGCGCCACUGACAGAAGGCCGGAUCAAGACGAGAGUGGGAGGACUAAGCGGAGAAAGAUCGACAACCUAGGCAAAUCAAAGAUGUAUGAAUCAGACGAAGAUGAUGCGGACGGCGGUGUAUCGCUCUACACGAGUAGUGGACAUCAGAUCAAGGAGGAGCCUCCGAGUAGCGAGACCAAAACGAGAACCCUCGAUCCCAAGAACAAUCCGUAUUUGGCCCACCACUAUACCGAGGACACCACGACCCACAACGGGUAUGGGGGAGGCUACCGGUACGGCCAGAAGAGAGAAUCAAAUGGCACAAGCCAGGGUAAUGGGGUGAAGAUUCGCCGUCACAACGCCACCGCAGAGACAAUCAAGCAGGCGGAAGACGGACCCAAUAGUUUUUUCAAUGGAAAAGCAUUGUCCCAGAGAUAUUUCAACAUCCUCCGUACAAGACGAAAUCUACCUGUGCAUGCUCAAAGAGAUGAGUUUCUUCAGAUGUACCAUAAGUCCCAGUUUCUUGUGUUUGUUGGUGAGACGGGAUCCGGGAAGACCACACAAAUACCGCAGUUCAUUGCGUUUGAUGAUCAGCCGCAUACUCAGCGUAAACUAGUUGCCUGUACUCAGCCUCGUCGUGUAGCUGCAAUGUCAGUGGCCCAGCGUGUCGCUGAUGAGAUGGAUGUUCAGUUGGGCGAAGAGGUGGGGUACUCCAUCCGGUUUGAAGAUAUGACUGGUCCAAAAACGUUUCUAAAGUACAUGACGGACGGAAUGUUGCUGAGGGAAGCAAUGAGUGACAACAACCUGAGUCGCUACAGCACAAUAAUCCUCGAUGAAGCUCACGAGCGUACGCUUGCUACAGACACUAUGAUGGCAUUACUGAAAGAGGUGGCACAACGCAGACCAGAGUUGAAGAUCGUUAUCAUGUCUGCUACAUUGGAUGCUCAGAAAUUUCAAGGCUACUUCAACGACGCGCCUCUGGUCGCUGUUCCGGGAAGAACACACGCUGUGGAGGUUUUCUACACUCAACAGGCUGAACGAGAUUACGUAGAAGCUUCUAUCCGCACUGUGCUACAGAUUCACGCUAUGGAGCCAGAGGGCGAUAUCCUGUUGUUCUUGACCGGCGAGGAAGAGAUAGAAGACACCUGUAAAAAGAUCAAUCUUGAGGUGGACGAAAUGGUACGAGAAACAGACGCAGGUCCAAUGAAAGUGUAUCCCCUUUACGGUACUCUGCCGCCCGCACAGCAACAACGCAUCUUCGAGCCUGCUCCGGCAGCGAGAACGAAAGGCGGAACACCUGGCCGGAAAUGCAUAAUAUCUACAAACAUAGCUGAAACAUCACUUACCAUCGACGGCAUUGUCUACGUCGUCGACCCUGGCUUUAGCAAACAGAAAAUCUACAAUCCUCGGAUACGCGUCGAGGCUCUUCUUGUCUCCCCAAUCUCCAAAGCAUCAGCACAACAACGAGCUGGUCGAGCAGGCCGAACGCGACCUGGCAAAUGCUUUCGCCUCUACACCGAAGCCGCUUUCAAGAAAGAACUGAUCGAGACCACCCACCCCGAGAUCUUACGCUCAAAUAUCUCCUCCACUGUACUUGACUUGAAAAAACUCGGCAUAGACGACCUCGUGCACUUCGAUCUGAUGGACCCUCCGGCACCCGAAACCCUCAUCCGAGCCCUCGAAGAACUCAACUACCUCGCCUGCCUCGACGACGACGGCAACCUCACCGCUCUCGGAAAGCUCGCCUCGGAGUUCCCCCUGGACCCGACUUUAGCAGUCAUGAUCAUUUCCUCCCCCGAAUUCUAUUGCUCGAAUGAGAUCCUUUCCCUCACGGCCCUUCUCUCCGUCCCUCAGAUAUUCGUCCGCCCCGCCGCGUCACGCAAACGUGCUGAUGAGAUGAAAGCCCUCUUCGCCCACCCAGAAGGCGAUCACCUAACCAUGCUGAACGUCUUCCACGCCUUCAUGUCCCCCGAUGCUCAACAAGAUCCCAAGCAAUGGUGCUACGACCACUUUCUGGGUCUGCGCAGUCUGCAAGCCGCCGACAACGUUCGCAAGCAAUUGAAGCGGAUAAUGGAGACUCAUGAGAUCGAGCUCAUAUCGACGCCAUUCGAAGAUAAAAACUAUUACACCAAUAUCCGCCGCGCACUUGUGGCUGGCUUCUUCAUGCAAGUCGCGAAGAAGGAUGGAAGUAGUAAGACUUAUGUUACGAUCAAGGAUAACCAGAAUGUGAUCAUUCAUCCGAGCUCGGUGUUGCAGACGGAUAGCGACUGGUUGCUCUACAACGAGUUUGUGCUCACGACAAAGAAUUAUAUCAGGACUGUCACGGUGGUGAAACCGGAGUGGUUGCUUGAUAUCGCACCUACAUAUUACGACAUCUCCACCUUCUCAAAAGGACCCGUGAAGCAGGCAUUACAGACAACAAUAGACAAACUUCGAAGGAAAGAGGCGCAGAAGGCGAGGCUGGAGAGGAAAUGA